AAAAUAAAAACUAAAUUAAAAAAUUCAUAAAUGGAAAAAAAAAAAUUUAUUUGUCGCUGUGGAAAAAAUUAUGAAAGAAAUGCUUCGUUAUUUAAUCACAUAAGAUUGAAACAUAACAACGACAAAAAAAACUUUAACUUAACAAAUGCUAAAGUUGGAAGACCACUUGAUUCGAAAAAUCUUAGAAAUAAACCUAAACAAACCCCAGCUAAAUAGUUAGUCUGUAAAUGUGGAAAAACUCUUUAAGGCGAAGGCUCCCUUUCUAACCAUAUAAGAAUUAAGCAUAAUAAUGAUCCUUAAUUUUAAAUAUAAAAAAAAUAAUAAGGAAGAAAAAAAGGUCCUCUAAUUGUAUCAUUUAGUGAAAAUAAUAAUCAGGAGAUUCUAUUUUCAACACAGUUGAUCACAGAAUAGUUUACCAACACUUUGGAUACUUAGAGAACUGAAUAAAUCUAUCCAUCUAUUGAUGAAUAUUAUGAUUAAUAAUAACUUGAUAUUAACUAUCAAUAGUGUGUUGGUUAAAUAGAGAACGAUAAUAUGUUUAUGGAUGACUCUUUUCGUGAAAGCAACUUCUUAAAUAAUCAAUCAGAUCAUUUAUAAUAUUCAUACUUUUGA